GGAAAAAAAAAUUGAGGAAAGAUAAUAUUUUUUAUUACAAAGGCAUGGGCAUAUUUUCUGCUCCUAUCCUCCCAUUAUCACUAACAGAAACACCAAACAAGCAGAAAAACAAGUCUCCUUGAAAAUCCAUGGCUUCCAUUUCCAUUUCCCUUUCUGCUUCAUUGCAAAGCGCUUGCAGCUCACAUCAUUUCACCAAGAAACAACAGCCUCAAAUCAAACCUUCACGCUCUUUGGGGUCAAAGCAGGUCACCCAUGUUGUUACUCUAAAUGUUGAAGAUCAAAAUAAGGGCUUAAGCAUAGCUAAACAACAGGAGAAUCCUCCUUUGCACACUCAAGAAUUAAAAUCAAAGAAUUCUGAUGACAAAUCAAAAACAGAAUCCUCUGCUCCAAAAUUUAUAGAUAAGCGCUGGAAGAAGGGAACUUGGGAUCUAAAUAUGUUUGUUAAGGAUGGAAAUAUGGAUUGGGAUGGUCUUAUUGAAGCAGAAGCAAAGAGGAGAAAAUUUCUUGAAUUAUACCCAGAAGCAUCUACAAAUGAAGAACCAGUACUGUUUAGGAGCUCUAUAAUACCUUGGUGGGCAUGGCUCAAAAAGUCAUAUCUACCAGAAGCAGAGCUACUCAAUGGUAGAGCUGCAAUGGUGGGAUUCUUCAUGUCAUACGUUGUCGAUACAUUGACAGGGAUUGAUAUGGUUGGCCAAACUGGAAACUUGAUAUGCAAAGCGGGUCUUUUUGUAACUGUUAUUAGCAUAAUACUCCUUAGGCGGACCGAUGAUUUUCAGAGGCUGAGAAAUCUAGCUGAUGAAGCUACUUUGUAUGACAAGCAAUGGCAGGCUUCAUGGCAAGACCAGGAUGCAACAAGCAGUGGUGUAUCUGAGAAAAAUGGAAACUAAUUGUUCUUGUUGUAAUGUAUUAUUACUUGGCAGAAAGACAAAGAAAAAGUUUAUAUUGCUUCUUGGAAUUACUCUGAAACCUGGAACGUAUCCAGUUUUGUAUGAUGUCGAAGUUGUUAGUUAAGACAAAUUGAAAGAUCUCUCUUUCUUUUGUAAACUAGAACUCAAAAUCAAUUAAUUGCUUACCAUUAAAAAAUGUGAAA